AUGCUAGAAUUUGGGAACAAUUCUCAAAGGAUUUUAUCGGCAAGAUCACGAUGUAUAUUUGUGGCAAAUCCACUGACUGCACACUCGCUGCUUGGUAUUGAUAGCGAAGUGCCUAGUGUGUCGUUCGCUGGUCACGUCGAUUGUUUGCGUCUCAGCACAGAUGAGAGGAAUAUCGCGAUUGGAUCAAAUGAACUCAUUAAACUUAUUGAUUUAACUAGAGGUCGUGAGAUUCGGAAUCUCUCCGGACAUUCUUUAGCCGUGCGAGCACUUGCACCGAGAUGGAGCAGUGUGUACUCAUGGGUUUCCGGUUCCCUUGACUCGACAUGGAUAAUUUGGGACAGUCGUUCACAUCCUGCCAAUGUUUUACAAGGUAGAGCGGCAGGACCCGUGCGAUGUGUUGAGCUUAGCCCCGAUGAUAUCAUUCUUGGAGUAGGGACCGACUCCACAUUGCAAUUGUUUGACAUCCGGCAAAGGCUUAGCCUAAAGCAGUUUCCAUCAUCGACUCAUGGCGCUGUAUUCCAUCCCUCACAACGCAUGGUGGCCACCUAUGGAACUGACCGGGUGGUCAGAUAUUGGUGCUUAGACGAAUUCAUUUCUAUAGCCAUGUCUGAUGCGUUCGCUUCGGAG